AUGUUUUCGGACAAUUCAUAUAAAGCGAAUACCACUUCCUCUGAUCUAUAUCCAUCCAAUGCCACUUUACCUGCGCCGCCAUUUCCACUCAAUGUCACUUCCUCUAUGCCACUGCCAUCCAAUGGCACUUCCUCUGCGCCGCCAUUUCCACUCAAUGUCACUUUCUCUAUGCCACUGCCAUCCAAUGGCACUUCCUCUGCGCCGCUUCCACCCAAUGCUACUUCCUCUAUGCCAUAUACACCCAAUUCCACUUCCUCUACGCCAUAUACACCCACAUUCUACCAGGGACAACAGGGAACAUCCACUGAGGGUCAAGAUGACCUCUCAAUAGAAAAAUCAAAUAAAAUAACUUGGCCUUCCAGAAAUAGUCUUCGGCCGUUGGCGCAACCUGGUCAAUGUGAAAAAUGCAAGAGUCCGAUGACCGGAUACAGUUGGUGUCAAUACUGCAAUAGCGAACAUUUUCAGAUGAACUUUUCGCAUUGGUCAAGUGGAAAUAAGGAACUCGACAACUUUAUUCAAAUGGCACAACGUAGGGCGACCAAUGCCAGGUCGAUCUUAGAAUGGAUAGAAUACGAUAAGUUUAAAAAUGUGACACACCUUGCAGAUGGUGGUAAUAGUUCGGUAUUUACAGCAAAUUGGCCUCAGGGUCCUAUACGAGCGUGGGACGUAACUGCCAAGACAUGGGAACGAGGUUGGCCGCAAAUGGAAUCCGAUGUAAUCAUUUUAAAACGCAUAAAAAAUUCAAAUAAAGUGACAUCAGAUUUCUUAGGUGAGUUGAGUGCAUAUCACCAAUUUAGCACGUUGGUCAGUCAUGUUGUACGCUGUUACGGUAUUUCUCUUUGUCCUUCAACUCGCGAAUUUAUUGUCGUUACGUCCUAUGCUCGCGAUGGGGAUCUUCGAAAAUAUCUCGACAAAAACUUCUCUACUCUUACUUGGCUACAAAGGAUCAACACUCUCAAGGAUAUUGCGGGUGGAUUGGUGUCCAUUCAUAGAGCUGGGCUUGUGCACAAAGAUUUGCACACUGGUAACAUUUUGCUGGACAAUGGUUGGACAAUGAUAAGUGACCUAGGUCUUUGUUGGAGUAAUUCUGCCUUUGGUGAAGACGGGAAAAUUCGUGGCGUACUUCCCUACGUAGCACCAGAGGUUUUGCGCGGACGCCCAUACACGCGAGCAUCUGAUGUUUACAGUGUUGGUAUUAUAAUGUAUGAACUAUGGUCAGGCAGACGACCGUUCAGAGGAAGGAGAUACGAUGGAACUCUGGCAUUAGAAAUUUGUUCAGGUGCUCGUCCAGAAAUCUCUUCAGAUAUACCUGAUUAUUAUUCUUUAAUCAUGCAAGCCUGCUGGAACGGAGAUCCCGAUAUGAGACCUACUUCACGUGAUCUUGAAAUAACUUUCAAUGGGUGGAUUGAAAAAAUUGCAAAACGACAAUUGGUUCCUCCAAAAAUGGUUUCUCACAAGGGAGACACACAUUUGAAAGCAGAAGAUAUUAAUUCCACUCCUAGUUCACAUGAAAACACUACAAGUCAGCCACUUCCCUCCUUGUCUGACGUUCAACUUCAAUAUGUUGAUAAGAUUGAAGAAUGUCGCGAAACACUUUAUCAGAACUGCCUUAACCAACGGCUCCAUGAAUUCAAUGAACAAGAGUGUGACAUUGAAGAAUCGCUCAACCCCAUGACCUGGACAAGCGAACUCAGGGUACUAGCCGAUCAAAUAUUUGAAACUUCGGGUAUGGUUACGUGA